CCACACCUCAUAGUCGUCAUAAUCCUCACAAGGUUAGAACUCUAGCAGCGCAAAUCUGCAGAUCUACAAAUCACCCUAAGACAGGGUGGGGAGUCCUUUGAAAGUGGAGAUCCAUCCAAGAUGACCAUGGAUGCACCUGAGAUGUGUUAUGUUGACCUCCUCCACCAAGACAUCCAGGCAAACAUCUUCUCAUGCCUGCCGGAUCCGACAAGCAUUGCCCACUCUAUGCUAGCUUGCAAAACAUGGUGCCAUUUGAUCACCGACCGUGGCAUCCUUCGCCGUCACCGACCACCUAUGCUCUGUGGCAUUUUUCAAGAGGUCUUCUCACCAGAAGAGUUGGCUAUUCGCUCCAUAUUCUUUAGUCCCAUCGACCAAAUUGCAUCACCCGAACUCGCCGAGAAGACCAACAACAUCCAAGCGAACAAUCCACUGUCUCUACCCAGUGGCCCGUGGUCCAUCGUGGACUCCUUGGAGAACCUUCUCCUCCUUUGCCAUGAACGACUCAUCAUUCACGAGUCGGUCAUGCUCGCGAUAUACAACCCUGUCACCCAUGACUUGCAGGCACUCCCUCCAGUGGUAAACAACCAGUAUUGCUUCUUCUUCGGCGCUGCCAUCUUCAGUGAUGAUGCACUAGCUGCCAAUAAUAGGCGUCUGCUCAGACCUGGAGCCUCAGAUGUGUCGUUCAAGGUGGUGUGUGUGGUGGCGGUACCUGGUGACCACCAUGGUGAGUGGAUCUACCAGACGUUUGUGCACUCGGGUGGCUCCGCUGGUGACAGCAGCUGGAGCACCCUUCCUUAUCGGGCCAGCAGUAUGAGGACCCGCGGCUGGUGCAUUGGUGGUACUCAUGGUGGACAGGCAGCUCGGGCUGGCGCCGCGCUGUUCAAGAGUAUUGGAUGCAUGCACAUGACGGAUGUCAUGAUGAUGUUGAUGCUGGAUAUGCGCACAGGGGGGGCUUCUUUGUUGGUGACGCCGAAGUGUGGCGCGUUCGUGGAUUAUGGCAGGGGAGACGACGAGAAGCUUUGGUUCGUCUGCAUAAAUAAGUUCCUUGUGCUCCGGCUCUACAGCCUACCGAAGCCGCGAGAGGGCAGUAUUACGCGUGUCUUCAAACAGUGCAACCUGGAAAGAGAAGUGGAGCUAUAUCCGAUCAUCACGGGGCUGGUCGCGGACGUUGAUGCGGCCGAUGUCGUCGGGAGCGCUAGCAACGUGCAUUCACGAAAUGGGUACGUCUUCUUCAAGAUAAUCUUCAAGAUGGACAAGUACGACUAUUUUGCGGUGCAUCUCCGGAGCAUGCGUGUGCAGCGGCCGAACGGGGAAUACCGGGGCUCUCUCUAUCCCUUCAUGUGUCGUGAGGAUUCGUAAUUUGUUGUUGUGAUCUGCAGACUGCACGCAUCAUUCUGGAGUUUGAUGGAGUGCAGGGCAAGAUUUACCUGUAUCCAAAUUGUUCGUUUGUUACACCAUCGAAUUGUUCGUUUGUUACACCAUCAAAUUGUCCUUUUGUGUCAUGUCAUGGAAGAAACGGGAUCUGCUGCUUGAUAACUUUAUAUUAGUUUCACAAUGCACCCCAUGUGUAUUCUUUUGGUUUAUCAU